UGGGAAAGCACUCGACCCGGAAGUUAUUGCCCUGUGUUUUUGAGUUCUUCACUGCCGACACGUGUGUGGCUGUCAGAGAAGCUUUAGCCACGACAUUAGAUUGUAAGUGUUUACAUUUAUAGUUUAAUGCGUGAACACGUCUUUUAUGUUGAAAAUGUUAGCUUGUGGUUAAUCAGAUUUAAAAACAAAGAUGUGUGGGCUCAGAUGAGCUAGCGGCUAAGCUUACAGAAACACUAACUGUUGGGAUGGUUAAAUUAACAUUUCAACAGAGUGUUUGUGUCUUUAUCCUGGUUGAUAUGACUCAAACCGAUUAUGAUGAAUGUUUCAUUGUGCUAUCUCUCAAUGUUACAUCAUCAGUGGUGAUGUUUGAGUGUUUUUGACUUAAAGUUUAACCUGAUUUUUGCUGUUUGUCUCCUGCUGAGGAAAACAACACUUAUAUUUUCAUGUUUUUGUUGUCUUUGUCAUCAAUAUAUAUAUUUUAAAUAGAGGUUUUUGUAAUUUUUUUCAGUUCAGGGUGAACGCCAUCUUAUUACAGAAUGGCUGAUGCGUUCAGUAGCAGCUCGGAAACGGUAAUUCAGCGACUGGUCGACGUUUCAUCGACGACUCACACUCCUGUGGGAAAACUUGAGGAGCUGUACCAGAUCAAGGAAACCUGUGAUUUUAUCAGUGAGCGUCAGUACAAGAAGGUAAGGGGUGUAUUUAAACUUUUAAGCCUGAAGAAAACGUUUACAACACUGUGUAUUAUAUUGUGAACCUUUAAAAGUAUCUGUAUAGCUUAUUGGCAUCUGUCAUCUGUUCACAGGUUGCUCUGCAGUUUCCUGAUGAAUUGCUGGUGGACUCAGUUGCAGUUGCAGUGGAGAUUGAGAAGAACACAAAAGCCACUGCAUACAUUUUAGGAGAUACAUCCUACGGCAGGUAUUGCAACAGGUUUAAGUCAAGGGUUAAUGCACGUGUCAUGUACUGCAGUUAACAAGCCAUUUUUUAAAUUUUGUUUCUGCAGAACUUUACUGAUGUUUCCUGGACUCCAAUAUUUUAGAGUUUUAGCGCUUGAAUGAUUUCAUUUCCGAACUUUAAUCAAACAUACAUGAUGCAAUACUAAAAGAAGCUCUUAAGAAGAGAGAACUUGCUUGUGUGGAUAUUAAAAUCUUUGUUAAUUUGUGUCAAAUAGACUGUAUAUAGAAUGGACAGUCUGCCUCCUCGCUGGGUGAAGCCACUCCGAGAACAGCACCCUCUGGUGACAGGCUGCAGUAUAGGUCAUAAAUCCCGCCUCUGCCAGCAAAGAUUAUGGGGCUGUGAACAAUCUUUAGAAAUUCAGUAUACAGAACAAAUUUUUCUCCCCCCAUGCUUGCAGUGUUGACAUGUAGUUACAGUAAGACUGGUUUGUGCUCAAGUCCUCUUUCUUCUGUGAAGCUCCCUUUUUAAAAGUUAUUAGGGGGUUCAUGUUUUCUUUGAUUGACACCUGAUACAGUCUAUUGGCAUUUAGGGAUUGCGUAGCUCACCCAGAGGAUACGCUGUUUGAGCCAAGCGUCAUCACAGCGACUCUCGGCGACUCUCCCGCCGAAUGUGCAUAGCACUACUGCGCAGCACUGGUUUCAGGAAAAGAAGAAAGAUCCCGGGGGGCUUUUUAGCUUCAAAUCCACAUACAGGCGGGAGGCGGAACCAAGUUGUCCAUAGUAUAUACAGUCUGUGGUAUCAACGUUUUCCUGUUUGUAGUGAAGUUAAAUGUCGUUUAAUUAUUUCGGGCAGUUGCUGUGUGGAUGAGGUUGCUGCAGAACAUGUUGGAGCUGAUUGCAUCGUGCACUAUGGCAGUGCCUGUCUCAGUCCGUCCACCCGGCUGCCGCUGAUGUACGUGUUUGAGAGAAGGGUGGUGGAUCUGGAGAAGUGCUCAUCUGCCUUCAGAGAACUCUACCAGGACACACAGAGUCACAUCAUCAUCCUCUACGAUGUCAACUAUGUCCACGCCAUGAGUAAGCUGUCUCCUAAAUCUCCAUCCUCCUCUUAUGUUUGAACAGAAAUGAGAACAGCAUAUAAGUUUGACUCUAAAAUGAGACCUGAUGUGUUGCUUAUGAGAGUAGACAGACUUCUGGUGUCUUCCUCUCCCCAAGGCUCAAGAUUUUCGCUCUUUACUCCUCCAUCCCUGCAUGUUAAAAUGAGGGGUAGCAGUUUUACCAAUCUCUAGCAAUCUUCUGCUUCAGACAUACACACUUCAAACACUCUUUUGGACAUAUUUCUGAUUCAGAAACACUGUCUGGUUUUUAUUCAGCAGAUUCUUUUUCUCAGGAUCAGAUAUUCUGUCCGACUGUUCUAUAUCUUUUAUUGUUUUCCUUUUGUUAUUAUGUAUCUUAUAUCUAUGAGAAGGAGUUUCCCCUGCAGUUCUCCAGACUGGUUAGAUAAGCAUCAGAAUUACAUUUGAGGCCUAAUCAGUCCUGUCACUCCUGGUUUUGUUUGCUCUUGUAGCUCAUAAAGAGGCGUCACUAUUAGCUUUUACUGUCUUUCGUGCCCUGCCAAAAACUCCCCACAGUAGCUUCAAUCAAAAUGAAACAGUUUUUUUUUUCCAUUUCUUUCUAGAUGAUCUUCACUCCCUCCUCUCACCUGAGUAUACAAACCUGGUUGUCUCUGAGAUAGUGGUGGAGGGCGAGCAGUGUUACAGUCAUGGCUGGAUUAAGAGACAACAGGAUGAUUCCAGUGUAUCGGAGGCAGACAGCGGUCAGGUUAUCUGUCAGUUUGGACGCCGGUUCUCUCUGAAAAGCGGUUUGAGUAUGAAGGAUUACAGUGUGUUUUAUGUGGGACAGGAGGGACGGACCCUCACAAACUUCAUGAUGACGUGGAAUCGCUGCUCCUUCUCUUCUUUUGACCCCACAACGAUAACAGGGAGGACUGAGUCAGUGACCAUAAACCGAGCACUGAUGAAGCGGUAUUAUGCUAUAGAACGAGCUAAAGAUGCUAACGUGGUUGGUAUCCUGGUCGGCACUCUGGGUGUGGCUGACUACCUGACCGUCAUCCAGCAGCUGAAGGAGACGAUCCACAGAGCCGGAAAGAAGAGCUACAUGUUCGCCAUGGGCAAACUCAACGUGCCCAAACUGGCUAACUUUUUGGAAAUUGACAUUUUUGUGUUGAUAGCAUGUCCUGAGAACUCACUGCUGAACUCCAGUGAGUUUUAUAAACCUGUGGUCACACCGUUCGAGAUGGAGGUGGCCUGCAACAGGAACAGGGAGUGGUCUGAGGAGUAUGUCACAGACUUCAGACACCUGCUGCCAGGUGAGGGUGGAUUUUUUUCAUCCGCAUGUUCAUGGUCAGGAGGUGAAUCUUAUUUAUUAUAAAAGGAAACUUGACAGUGAGGCUGUAUGAUAUGAGUUAAUAACAGGAAAUGUUAAUUGUGACACAGUUAAGGCCAGAAAUGAGUGUGGCAUUUUCUGUUGUGAACACACAGUAGUUAAGUGUCCUUCUGUCAACAUGAUAAAAAAAUAACAUUACUGCUCCUCUUUUGAAUGGCACAUUCGAUUUUAAAAUACUCAGCUGACAAGUCAAAAGUUUAAUGCAAUUUAUUUCAAAGGGAAUCAAAAAAUCAGUGAAAUACUUUGAGUUUGAGCUACAGCCACUGAGCUAAGCAUACAGCUUCUGAUGUUAGAUUAUAACAGUCAGAGAAGCAGACAUAGAGGUAUUUUGGAUCCACCACAGAACUGUAGAUAAAACUAAAUUUAAAGAGUUUAAUUGCAGUGCUUACUUAUAUGCACUCCUUCAUAUGUCAUGUUCUGCAACAGUGUUAUUCUUUAAAAUAGUAAAAUUAGCACUUUGGGGCGUUCUUCUGCCUACAUGUCUGGGUGUCAGACCCCACUAGUGCAGCAUUUAUAUGAGUAAUAAAUCUAAAAACCAAGAUCACAAAGUACAUGCUACUGCAUUUAUCCCAAACUAAGAAACUGGUCAAAAUAACAUUACCCUUUAUUGUUAAAAUUGAAUGAAAAUGCAAGAUACUGGAACUUUUAAGAUGUCAUCUGCUCUUUGUUUGCAUCAGGUGGGCAGAGUCAUGUCCCUUUGGCGGAUCAGCUGGAGGACGAUGAGACAGACGUGUCUUUAAUCACAGGAGCUCUUCGCAGCCACAAUCUGUUGAUGAGCGAACCUGCAGAGUCCUUGUACGGCUCCUCUGUGGUCCUUAGAAACCAGACUCUGACUGUGGCUAACACAAACCCAGCCGGUAUGAGAUGCUUGGAAAUUCUGCUGCUUAUCAAACACAGUUUGAUCCAGUUUCCUUGUCUUAAAUACUUUUAAUUGUAGAAUAUCACACACAUGUAAAACUUGGUUACACUUUGAACAAGUUAGCAUGUCUUACAUUUAUAAAUAUGUCACAUUCCUUCAAAGAUUUCUUUUUGCCUCUUUUCAGCAUCUUUCCUGGCAGAGCGGAGCUGGAAGGGUUUGGAGCAGAAGUUGGGGGAGACCCCAGUGGUGAAGGCGGUGAAGGGCAGGAAAGGAAUAGCUAUCGCCUACGAAGAGGAGGGAACUUCUCUUUCAUGAUUGAACACUGAUACACAGAGUCUACAGAUGAUUAUUUAAUUAAGCCAGUUUGCACUACCAGCUUUUAAAUGUAUACUGCUGUUAACUGAUGUAGGUUGUACAUACUGAUUAAACCGUUUCACAUGAAUUACAAUAUUUUUGAGUUUUCCAUUCAUGCAUCAACCUAUAAAAAUGUGUUUAUUCUAAUGACAAAAUAUGAUAUUUUAGUGCUGCAACCGUAGACCAUUUAAUUGUCAAAUAAUCUACUGAUGUCUGCUUUACAUUUCUACUAAAAAAUGACGGCUACUGGAUUUUUAAAAUGCUUUGCAAAAGUUUCCUUUUAAUAGACUAACUGUGAGUUUUACUUAACUGGUUAUAAAAAAGCUUUUGAUUUGG